AUGAAAGAGGCUGCGAUCUGGUUGAAUCUACAUAAUGCUCUCCCUAAGUUAGACUCUCCUGAGUUUAAUAUUGAUGCAGGUCUUGAGAAGUGGCAGAAACCCCCUCCUUCCUUUCUCAAAUGCAAUGUGGGAUCAUCAUGGGAUGGAGCCACACUUACAUGUGGAGGUGAGUGGCUGGUUCGUGAUGAGCAAGGAAAUGUUUUGCUACACAGCAGAAGGUCUUUCUCUCAAAUUGAAUCUUCACUUCAAGCUAAAUUGGUAGCAUUACAGUGGGCUGCAGCAGCCAUGUGCGACCUCAAGUUGAAGAAAGUAAUCAUAGAGUCAUCUGCGCUAGAGAUUAAAAAUUCUAUGGACCAUCCACAGCUAUCUUUAGAGAACUACACCAACUGUUCUUAUGCUCUAUCUACGAUUCAUUCCAUUAUGGGAGGCAGUUUGAGCUUUGUACCGAUAUCUUGCAACAACUCAGCAACGACGAUUGCUGAUAGUGUUACAAGAGAUCAGAGACACCAUUCAUAUGUCGCUUGGAAGGGUACUCGUUGGUUGUCGUCUCAAAUUCGCCAAGAAGCAUCAGCAUAA